AUGUCUGGAUACGGCAAGAACCAUGAAUAUGUAUAUGAUGCCGAAGCCACCAGAUCAAAUCAGGUUGCGAGCUACCCAGGCAUUGCGCAGCCCGCAUUCGCCUCGCAUUACACGGAUGCGCCCGCGCUACUAGGCCAUGAGUCCACGAGUGCAGAGGUGCCCUACAUCCCUAGCUCGACGUACGAGUCACGCGGCAUAGGAGACGUUCAAUCCAAUCCAGCAUUUAUCGAUGCAAUAGCUCGUCAUCCCGCCUCACUUGCAGAUACUGAAACGGAAAUCACCGAACCGAUUACACCUGCGCAAGGUACAGCUGGAUCUCUGGUAACGUUGCAACUCCGGACGAAUUACGACCUUGAUGCGAACCAACAUACCUUCAUACUCAUGUUUGGCCAAAAGAAGUGCGUUGGUGCACUUCAAAAAGUCGACUACGAAGACGACGAAUCGUGGUACAACUACGUACUGAACGUCGAAGUGCCCCCUUUCCCACUGACCAACACAUUCGAUCCAACCAUGAUGUUGAAACUGCAGAUGGAAGAUAAGAUGGGUAACCUACGAUCGCAAACGAACGCGGGAAAGUUCACCUAUACCGACAUGUCGCCAAACCUCGCAUAUCAAUCAUCGCCGGAUUUCUCAAGAAAACGAAAGUACUCCCCCGAGUUUGGCAAUGGUCGAGAAUUUUCCGACGGUAACGCUGCAAAGCGAACGUUUGCGAAGCCACGCGCUAUGUCUGGAGCGUACUCUGCUGCACACAUGUCACCGCUGGCGACCCAGUCUGCGCUGGCCAGUUCGUACGCACAGAGUAGCAGGUACAACCUAGCAAAGCCAGCAAACUACGGUUCGCAACUGUCGCAGAAAGGCCUUUACGCAGUACCCUCAGGCAUGGGCAUGAGCCAUGGUGAAUACGAGCUUCCGCAGAUGUCGCCAAUGCUGCAUUCAUAUGCUCCCUAUAACUCCCUCGCCAGUACUGGUCGAAACCACACAGCCCCCGUCUUGCCUUCACCGUCCACUAUUUCUACACCAGUCCUCGUCCGAGCCACACAUCUUGCGCAGGCGAGUGGGAGCACUUCUUCGGUCCGGCCUUUCAAUCCGUAUGCUAUGAGUCAGAGCAAGGCGGUGCUAAAGAUAGACGGAGAUCUUGACAAGAUGGCAGACGAUUGGUCGCAGGAAGAGUUGGAGGCCAAAAGGCGGCUUGUUGGGUUCGAACGAUCGCAAAAUGGCAGCACCAUAACGACUUCCUUCGAGCCUACUCCAGGAGAAGGUCGGGAUGCACGUCGUAUCUGUGUCAGCUGUAUCUGGUGGGAAGAAAAGGACGAGUGCUUCAUCACAAGUGUAGACACGAUAUAUCUUCUGGAGCAACUCGUGAACGUACGCUUUACCGUCGAGGAGAAAAAUCGCAUACGUCGCAACCUCGAGGGUUUUCGCCCUCUCACCGUUUCGAAGGCAAGACCAGAUAGCGAAGGAUUCUUCAAGGUUAUCAUGGGCUUUCCCCAUCCCAAACCUCGCAAUAUCGAGAAAGACGUCAAAGUAUUUCCCUGGAAGAUACUCGCGCAUGCACUAAAGAAGAUCAUCAGCAAAUAUCUAUGCCUCAACGGCCAGUGCUGGGCAUCUCCCACUUUCCACAACCUCCUCGUACGCUCCAAGCGCCACCCCACAGGCAACAUUGAGCGCCCAUCGAAACGCGUCACCACAAUCAGUACCCACGUCCACUGCUUCAACGGCCUACACGCGUAA